GCGCCGUGAGGGGUAUGAGUGCGGGGGAGUUUGGGUUGUGAGCUGAUCGUAGGGGCGGGGCAGAAUUGGGGGCACGGGACCGCGCGCGGGCAGGACGGGGGUCGCUCCUUGUGCGGCGGCUCCGCCUGGCGCCCCGCUGGACCCCUGGGACAAGAUGGCGGGCUCCCACUCCACCGUCCACGCGGGAUGCGUUGAAUGGAUUGCUGCAGUCUCCUUAGCUGCUGGAGCAGCUGCUGUUGGAUAUCUAGCUUACAAAAAAUUUCUCUCUAAGGACAAAUGCUUUAAAGCAAUGGUGAAUCCCCAUAUCCAGAAGGAUAACCCCAAGGUAGUCCAUGCCUUUGAUAUGGAAGAUCUGGGAGACAAGGCUGUGUACUGUCGUUGUUGGAGGUCUAAGAAGUUCCCACUGUGUGAUGGCUCUCACACAAAGCACAACGAGGAAACUGGUGACAACGUUGGGCCUCUGAUCAUCAAGAGGAAGGAGGCGUAGAGGGGACAGUAGAAGCUACAGAAUCAAUGUCUGACAAAUGCUCUGUUCUCUUGUAAUUGGGGGGAAAACCCCCACAAAUUCUUUGUCAUAUGCCUGAAGACUUCCCAAUGUAGUAUAUACAUCAGAUUUCUGCAUGUUUAUUUUCUCUGGUGCUUGUUGUCUUUCAAUCACUACAAUGCAUAAUAUACUAAGUAGUCAUGGUUUAAAUUUUUUGUCCUGUAAAGUGUGUGUACCCUCUCACUGAGUGUAAAACUAAAAUGAGGCACAGAAUGUAUUUCAUCAGGAAAUAGGUAUUAAAUUAUUUCAAGCCAGAUACUAAAGUCCUGGAGAGUUCUAAAGCUGGAUAAAUGUCCAUGUAAAAGGCAGUGGCAGCAAAGAAAUCAUAGUGCCAUCUUAAUCUCUGAUUAUGCUGCAUUUUCUGCAGGUAUCACAUUUGUCCUUUAAGACUACUGUGUUAUAUGGCUUCUGUAAACGAACAAAUUCAAAUUUGCUAGCUAUGAACAGACAGCAGAAAUGGCUGAAAGUAAGAUGGGACUAGAGCACAACUUUACCGUUGAUUUUACAGCAGCAUUUAAACUUGACCGUACUUCCAUUUGGUAUCAAGAAAAUACUAUCCAAACUGUGGACCUGUAUUUAGAGUAGAUUAGGGAAAUUAUUUCUGAGAGAUUUCUUAACAGAUGAGUGGAAUGACACAAAGUGCUCCAAGAGCGAUAGGCAGGGGGUGGCAGCAGGGUUGUCUUUGCUGUUGAAGAAAGGCUUAGUUUCACUUGCAGUCUUUUAGUGAAGCCAACUUCCCAGACCACAGGAUACUUCUGUGGGGUGGCUAUGCUGAUUAAUUCUAGAAGCUAAAACUAAAACCCCACCCAUUAUCACCAUCUGCUUCACCAUUGCACUGGCUGGUUCUGGAAAACUUUUCCCACUGAGAAGGGAGGAGGCAUGCCUUUCUUACUAUGUGGCCUUAGGCUCUAUGUGUCUUAACUCUUGCCUUCCUGGGCUGCUAAUGUGGCGUAGCUGAUUUUACCAAAAAACCGUGGCAUGGAAGAAGAAAGGCUUUGAAAACAAAAACAAGAAGGGAGGGAAGGAUGAGACAGAGAGAGAGAGAGAUCUUACUCUCCUUACCCAUGGCAAUUGUCUUCGUGUUUGGCAUGGUUGCAUUAAUGGCUGUCAUGUUGGUUUUCUUAAAUAGCUUGAAUGUAUUAAUAUGCACGUAAAUACAAAGCAAAACCCAAAGAGUGGGGCAGAAGGGGGCAAUUUUGUACUAAACCCAGUCCGUUAGCGUAACUGGCCUGCAUAAGAUUGAGCUCUGAAUGUCCUGGGACAGAAACUACCUCAGGGCUAGAUGAAAGGCCUUGUUAAGAAGCUGACAUUUUAGCCUGGACCCUUAAGGAUUCUUCAGAUGAUCAGGGCAGGAGAAGUUCUAUUUUUUUUAUUUUUUAAAGGGUGGUUGAUACAACUGUUUAAAAUAGAUGUUUUGUGUAGUCUUUAUGUGCGGCUUUCAGAGGCUGAGGUCUUGGCCAGCUGGUCUGGAUUUGGGUAGAAGGCAUAAAACAUAAAGAAGGAGGCACAGGUAGAGAAAGAUGGAAUGUGGAAGUAAGGGCACUACUGUCCAAGAGACUUCUACUUGAAAGAAGUUGCCGUCAAAUAUGUCAGUUCAUCUUUUCUGUCUGUCUUGAAUGUAAAGACACUAUAUUUUUUACUUUGCUGAGUACUAAUGCAUAUGGAAAGUUGUUUUAACCUUAAAUUAUCAAAUACAUUUAUGCAAAGCAAAGUAACUUCUGUAUUAUUAGACUAUGACACUGGAUAUUUCUGUAUUUUUGUCAAAUACACAUUUGAGCUCAUCUUAA